GGCUGCACCGGCACCGGGCAUCCCGGGAAUUGAUCAAAACUGCCCAGGUCACCCUCAAAGCGGAAGGUGGCUAUAAAACAGUGUCUAAACCUACUUCUUGAGAUGGUAUCAAAACAGAGCAGCUCCUGCAAGAUUAAUUUAUGAAGGAAUUAUGGUUCGACUAACCUUACAUCUAAUUGCUAAGAACAGUAGUCAGAAACUCCGAAAAGAAGAAACCACAUCACAAUACCUGAAGAAAAUAACUCAUAUAAAUUUUUCAGACAAAAAUAUAGAUGGAAUUGAAGAUAUUUCUCUUUGCAAAAAUCUUAGUGUUUUAUAUUUGUAUGAUAACCAUAUUAGUCAAAUCACAAACUUGAACUGUGCCACAAAUCUGACCCACCUGUACUUACAAAACAAUUGUAUUUCAUGUAUAGAGAACCUCAGAUCACUGAAGAAACUGGAAAAACUUUAUCUGGGAGGAAAUGACAUUGCUGUCAUAGAAGGCUUGGAAGGACUGGAAGAGCUCAGAGAACUUCAUGUUGAGAGUCAGAGGCUUCCCCUUGGAGAAAAGCUUUUGUUUGAUCCAAGAACUCUUCAUUCUCUGGCAAAAUCACUCUCUAUACUGAAUAUCAGCAAUAAUAAUAUUGAUGACAUAAGAGACUUAGAAACAUUGAAGAAUCUUAAUCAGCUCAUAGCAGUUGACAACCAACUUCAGCAUGUGAAGGACUUGGAGUUUUUGUUGGACAAGUUGAUGAAACUGGGGAAGAUGAAUCUACAUGGAAAUCCUGUUUGCCUCAAGCCAAAAUAUAGAGACAGGCUGAUACUGGUGUCCAAAUCACUUGAAUUUUUAGAUGGAAAAGAAAUCAAAAGCAUGGAAAGACAGUUCCUAAUGAAUUGGAAAGCAUCCAAAGAUGCCAAGAAAAUCAGCAAGAAAAGAAUUCCUAAGAAGGAGGAUGCAAAUAGCUUAUACAUAAGUAAGGAGACUAUCAAGCAUUAGGUGACCACUUCUACUAGCAAAAGGAAUAUUCUAUUAAAUAAAACCAUGUCAAGAAAUAA